AUGCAGGGCUACAAGGAACUUGCCCAGAGCGAUGAGCCCACACUCAAGCCCAAACCACUAGGCGACGAGUCCCCAUGCAACGGCGUACACCGCCCCAAAGCCCUCCGUGUCUUGCUCUGCAUCCUCCUCUUGAUCAACGCCGGUCUCCUAGUCGCCAACGCAGGCGCUAGCGCCAGCAUGCGCGCCUCACUCGCCCAAAUCUUACCAGUGCAUGAUCCCCGGAAACUUGCUCGCCCAGACCAGUACAUCGGCAUCCCUGAGACCUCUCGUUACAAGACUGUCGUCCUGCGCGACGAAGAUGGUAACUUGGUCUACCCAACGGAAGAAAGGAAGAGAGGCGCUGGGGCACUCUUUGCGGGGAUGGAGAUGUGA